CUUUUCACCAGUGCUGAUUGCUGACACAGUCACAGAGAGACAUGAGGAAGAUGCUGCUUUGGGCGGGUCUAUUCUUGCUGCUCAAUGCACAGCUGGGUUCUACUUACAAGCUGGUUUGUUACUUUACAAACUGGUCACAAUACCGACCCGUGCCUGCAAAGUAUGUGCCAGGGAAUAUUGACCCGCAGCUCUGCACUCAUCUCAUGUAUGCCUUUGCCACCAUGAGUGAGCACAAGAUUGCACCAUACGAGUGGAAUGAUGAUGUACUGUACAAGCAGUUUAAUGACCUAAAGCAACAGAAUCCAAAGUUGGUAACAUUACUGGCAAUUGGUGGUUGGAACUUUGGGACACAGAAGUUCACAGAUAUGGUUGCCUCUGCUGCCAACCGUAAAAUUUUCAUUGAUUCUGUGAUUAAACAUCUUCGAAAUUAUAACUUUGAUGGCAUUGACCUUGACUUUGAGUACCCAGGAUCUCGAGGCAGUCCGCCUGAGGACAAGCAAAGAUUUACUAUUCUGAUAGAGGAAAUGCUUGCCGCAUUUAAUGAAGAAGCAGCAACCACAAAUCGUCCACGACUCUUGAUCACAGCAGCUGUGUCUGCAGGAAAAGGAACCAUUGAUGCUGGAUACGAGAUUGCAAAUAUUGGAAAACUCCUGGAUUUCAUCAGCGUUAUGACCUAUGAUUUCCAUGGUGGAUGGGACACUAUCUCUGGACACAACAGCCCCCUGUGUCAGGGAUCCACGGACAAGGGAGAUUUAAUUUACUUCAAUAUUAAUUUUGCAAUGAAUUACUGGAAAGACAACGGAGUUCCAGCUGAAAAACUCCUAAUGGGAUUUCCAACAUACGGCAGAACAUUCAGGAACCCUAAUCCUAAUCUAUGUGAUGUGGGGAUACCUGUAUCUGGAGCAGGAUCAGCUGGCACAUACACUCGAGAGGCUGGCUUCUGGGCCUACUAUGAGAUCUGCACGUGGCUUAGGGGAAACACGAUAAAAUGGAUUCCAGACCAGAGGGUGCCAUAUGCUUGUAAAGAUAAUGAAUGGGUUGGAUUUGACAACCAAGAGAGUUAUGAAUGCAAAGUAAGAUUUGUGAAGGAUGGUGGAUUUGGUGGAGCCAUGGUUUGGGCUAUAGAUUUAGAUGAUUUCCUGGGAACAUUCUGCAAUGAGGGGAAAUAUCCUUUAAUUAACAAGCUUAAAUCCUUGCUGGAAGGCUCCACUGUAAACUGCCCUGGUGAAAUAUGUCCAGGCAUAGUUGACAUUCCAACAACUACUCCUACAACUACUACUACGACUACCACUGGAGCUCCUCCUACACCCCCCCCAUCUGGAGAAACAACACCUAAACCUCCAGUCACCGAUCAGCCUCCAACCGAUGAUGUUGAUCUUAACUUUUGUGCUGGGAAAUCUGAUGGACUUCAUGUAAAUCCAGUAAAUGCUAACAAAUUUUACAUUUGUGCCGCUGGAAGGACCUAUUCCAUGCAGUGUUCAGCUGGUCUGGUGUUUAAGCCAAGCUGCAACUGCUGCGACUGGGCCUGAUUCACACUUACCUAAAAGCACACUGCUAUUUUAUGACUCUCAAUAAAGUUGCAAUUCAAUAAGUUA